GCAAUUUUUUACAGUUCAGGAGAGAGAGAGAGAGAGAGAGAGAGAGAGAGAGAGAAUGGCAGCAGCUCCCGGAAAAUGCUUCCUCGUUACGGGAUCUCCGGGCGUUGGUAAAACUACUCUCAUAAUCAAAGUAUUGGAAUGCCUCAAAACUUCUCACCCCAACUUGAAGGUUCAGGGUUUCUACACUCGUGAGAUUAGGGAAGGCAGUGAGAGGGUUGGAUUUGAAGUGGUUACCUUAGAUGGUCGAAGAGGGCCCCUUGCUUCCACCACCAAUUCAAGCCCAGAGUCUUUUAGAUGGCCAACAGUGGGGAAUUACAAAGUGGAUUUAGCUUCUUUUGAGUCAUUGGCUUUGCCCGAGUUGCAGGUCAAGGAAGAUACUGAUCUCUUCGUCAUUGAUGAAGUUGGUAAGAUGGAGCUUUACAGUUCUUCGUUCUUCCCUGCAGUUCUAAAGGUUCUGGAAUCUAACAUCCCAAUCUUAGCUUCUAUCCCCGUUCCAAAAGCCGGUCGGGAUGUACCUGACGUUGCAAGGUUGAGAAAUCAUCCGGGGGCUACCGUUUUCACACUGAACACUGGCAACCGGGAUGCGGUCAAAGAACGUGUUUAUUCCUUACUAGUGGAACUGCUUCAAAAGCAUUAGAUGAUGUGCAUAUAUGAUAACGUAUGCUUUCACUUCUUGCAAAAUGGCCCUCUUGCUAUGCGCGCCGAGGAACCAACAUUACGAAUCUGAAUUUUGCUGUCUGUCGACAAUGUCCUUCAUCACCAGGUCCACAAAGAGGUUAUUGUAAUUGAAAAGAAACUGCUACAAUUUGCUGUUCUUAAUAAAAGCACGGACGUGGUUAGGCA